CAAACUUUGUUUUUCUGUUUUUCUCUUAGUUCCUUUUUCUCGUAGCUCAUAACUGUCACACUAUAUAAACCACAUCAUGGCUGAUUAUUGUCCUGUCUACGCCCCAUUCUUUGGUUCCAUGGGCUGCACUGCCGCCAUUGUUUUUAGCUGUCUUGGUGCGGCUUAUGGCACAGCUAAAUCUGGUGUUGGUCUUUCUGCUAUGGGUGUUCUGCGCCCUGACCUCGUCUUGAAGUGUAUCGUCCCCGUUGUCAUGGCCGGUAUCUUGGGUAUUUACGGUGUCGUCGUUUCCGUACUUUUAUCGGGUGGAUGUAAGUGGACGAAUCUUAACAACUCUAAAAAAUUGACUAUUCAUCUUUCCGCUGCAGUGGCCAUCAAGCAAACGCUUUUCAGCGGUUUCAUUCAACUUGGUGCUGGAUUGUCGGUUGGUCUUGCCUGUCUUGCCGCUGGUAUUGCUAUUGGUAUCACGGGCGACGCCGGUGUACGUGCUACUGCUCAACAGCCACGCAUGUUUGUAGGCAUGAUUUUGAUUCUUAUUUUCGCCGAAGUCUUGGGUCUUUACGGUUUGAUUGUUGCGCUGAUCUUGAAUACCAAAGCCUCUGGCGGAGAAAGCCUCUGUAACUAAUUGACAGAACAAACAAGCUAUCAAAUAGCAAAAAUAAAACGGUCUGCCUGUAUCGCACUGCAA